CACCGGGCAGUGCGCUUGGUUCGCAGGAGAGGAGUACAGCUGGGGGAAGGAGAGCUUGUUGUGGCGGCGGAUGGAGUUUCACCUCCCGGCUGUUACCGGCAGGAGCGUCAGAGACGAGAAGCGGAGGGGAGUGAGAGUUGGGAGUGAGAAGGAGUUUGUUUUUCCUUUUUGUCCCCCCUCUCUCUUUUAAACCCUGGUUACUCUUCACUUCACACUUCAGGGAUUCGCUUCGGUUCUCCCCGCUGCUCCUGAUUGCACUGCACCGGGGAGAAGUGCAGUGAAGCGGACCCGUGCAUGCCCGUGAACUUAGGAGAGCAGUGCGCGCCAGAGCUGAUCUGCAGCAUCAGUAACACCUAUUUCCACCGUGCAGCAGCAGCAGCAGCAUGCAGUGAUAGGAAUCCUUUCUGAUGCUUUCCCACACCAGACAGUGAAGAAAGGUGUCGGGGGUGGGAGGAAAGGAGGCGUAUAUGGGAGAUUUGUUGGAUUUCUAUUUCCUUGUCGUUGCAAACUUGUGUCCGGGAUGGGGAAGGAGCAGGAGCUGCUGGAAGCCGCCCGGACUGGGAAUGUCGCCUUGGUGGAGAAAUUGUUGAGCGGAAAGAAGGGAAUACUGGGGUCAGGCUCCGGCUCCAUCCCUCUGCCCAACCUACUAAGCAUGUGGAAGGGCCUGAAUGUGAACUGCACAGACAGCUCGGGAUACACACCCUUACACCAUGCAUCACUCAAUGGACACAGAGAGGUGGUGCUGAAACUGCUCCAGUUUGAGGCAUCCACAAAUGUGUCUGACAGCAAAGGUUGCUUCCCGCUACACCUGGCUGCCUGGAAGGGAGAUGUAGACAUCGUCCGUAUCCUCAUCCACCACGGCCCAUCCCACUGCCGUGUCAACCAACAGAACCACGAGAAGGAAACUGCACUCCACUGUGCAGCCCAGUAUGGACACUCUGAGGUGGUUUCAGUACUGCUGCAGGAGCUGACUGACCCCACCAUGAGAAACAGCCGACAGGAGAGUCCUCUAGACUUGGCAGCACUGUACGGCCGACUGCAGGUGGUGCGCAUGUUGGUGAGUGCCCACCCCAAUCUCAUGACCAGUCACACUCGGCUACACACUCCGCUUCACCUGGCUGCCCGCAACGGACACCACAGCACCAUCCAGACUCUGCUUGAGGCCGGCAUGGACGUAAACUGCGUGACCGAGAAUGGCAGUGCCCUCCAUGAGGCAGCUCUCUUUGGGAAGAUGGAUGUUGUUCGCCUUCUGCUUGACUCAGGGAUCGACACCAAUCUAAGAGACAGCCAAGGAAGAACGGCUCUGGAGAUUCUGAGGGAUCAUCCCGCACCAAAAUCCCAGCAGAUCACUGCUCUCAUCCAAGAAUAUAUGAUGGAUGAGAUGGAGAAGCUGAGCAUCCUGGAGGAGCCUGUCCGCACGUGUCCUGUCCCUACACCUCGAACUUCUGUUCCCUCGCCUUCCGCGUCCCCUUCACUGAGACACAAGAAUGAUGCUGUGACAAGCGAGCUGUCCAAACUGCUUCAUGAGAUCAAAAAGUGCCGGGAUAGGGACUACUCAUUCGAGGAGCUCUGCCACACCAUCUCCUCCCACUCUAUGGACAGCUUCGGUAGCGGGCGGCUGUCCGAUGAGGAGCGCCCAGAUCGACCCAACGGCACUCUGACUCGAGCCAGCAAGCGGCCGACGCCACCUCUCCCUCCGGCCAUGGAAGAAGAUGAGGCAGAAAAGAGCUGCGGUCCCACUGGCUUCUGGGAAGCACUGACUCCAUGCAAUGGCUGUCGUAACCUGGGCUUCUCCAGCCUGUCGCAGGAUUCAAAGCGUUCGGCAGAGAUCGUCACUUCUCCUUCGCUGGAUGUUUUCCUUCCAGAAGACGAGGACAACCCGUAUGAGUCUGUGACCACCGCUGUCACACGCAAACCCUCCUCUCUUGAUAUCAAUCAACGACUCAACGCCUGUCCACGCAAUGGUCACUUGUCCCAUGUAACGGUGAGUGAGGGGGAGCAUGGUAACCAUGGCAACUGCUCAACAGGACCCACACCGGACUGCUCGCCCCCCUCCCCUGACACAGCCCUGAAGAGCAUCGAGAGAGUCAUCCGCCCACAGCCCAAACAGCGCACCUCUCUGUCUUCCUCCUUGGAUGUCCAAAGGCCGGUCAACCACAGCUGUGAGCCCAGCGAGGUGAGCUCUUCCCUCGGCUACGCCAGCUUCAGCACCAGUCCCCCCGCCAGCCCUCCGCUCAGCCCCAACCAGGAGGACUCUGCAGGUUCCAACGACGACUGUCAGCUCACAGACGACAUCCCUUAUCAGCGAGACCCGACUCCUCCUCCUCCUCCCUGCUUGUCCUCCAAAUCAAACGCUCUGUCACAGGACCACAGGAAAAGCCACAUCCCAGAGGAAUUUGCAGGCCUGCUUCAUGGAUCUUCUCCAGCCUGUGAACCCCCCGAUACACCUUACCACCUUUACAGCCCCAAAUCCUUUAAAAAUACAGAUGUCCAGAGCAACUUUCUGCAGACCCCGGAGUUCAGCAUUGUGAUCGGCGGAGGAGCCAGUCAGGUCUUCUCCCGGCCAGGGAGUGAGUCAUACUCUCAGAGCUUAGCCAACGACACUCGAAAGCCACAGGUUGUGUACCGGACUAUCUUCCACACCAAGGUCAACCAGGACCAGGCUCAACCCAGAAACUGUGAACAGGUAGAUCUGCCUCGUGGAUGGUCUACCCUGAGCCACCCACCCUCUUGUUCCUCUGGUCAAAACGGAGAAGUUGCAGAUUUACGGGGAAGCCAGACAGGAGCGACAUCCAAAGACAGUUCACCUGGGAUUGGCUACGAGGAAAGGGCUUGCACCCUUGGGAGGAUGAGGUCCAUGCCACGCAGUGUGUUGGACCUGCAGCUUUCGAAAUCUCUUUCCAAGUCUGAUUCUAACCUAGUGGCAGUGUCUCCCAUACAGGAAGAGCACAGCUGGGGGUCCGGAUCACGGGGCCAGGGCCCUGGAAGUCCGAGCCCACGUGAAGGCGCCAGCCCGGAGGGGAGAUUGGAGAGAACGCCGUCUUUCACUGCUGAGUGGGAAGAGAUUGACAAGAUUAUGAGCUCCAUUGGGGCAGGAAUAAGCAGUGGAUUGGACAUUAAGGAUGGUACCUCAGGUCCCCGCUGCCCGCUGCAGUCUGUGGGCCAGUGGCUAGACUCCAUCGGCCUGGUCCAGUACGAGAACCACCUGCUGGCCAAUGGAUUUGACAACGUCCAGUUUAUGGGCAGCAAUGUGGUGGAGGACCAAGACCUGCUGGAAAUUGGAAUCCUCAACUCGGCCCACAGACAACGUCUCCUGCAGGCCAUACGGCUCUUGCCCAGGGUGAGACCUAUCGGAUACGAUGGCAACAACCCCACAUCAGUGGCAGAGUGGCUGGAGUCUUUGGAGCUCGGGGACUACACCAAAUCUUUCCUUGUCAAUGGUUACACUUCCAUGGAGCUGGUCAAAAAGAUCUGGGAAAUUGAGCUCAUCAAUGUACUGAAGAUCAACCUUAUCGGCCACAGAAAACGGAUUCUGGCCUCAUUGGGGGACCGGCUACACGAAGACACCCCACAGAAACCUCCACGGGCCAUCUCCUUACGGGAGCCCGGAGGAAACCACACUCCUCCCCAGCUCAGCCCGUCGGUAGGCCAGGCAGCGUACACAGCAGGGGUCCCAGGUGGAUCUCUGGACGUGCAGCACCUCAUGAUGCAGGCGGACGCCCGGCGCAGGCAGCGCAGCAAUGACAACUACUUUGAGGACGUGCCGCGAUCCAAGCUGGAGCGACAGAUGGCUCAAGUCAGCAUGGCAGGCGAGUGGUGUGAGCCAAUCACGUUGCGCCCGCCAAACGAGGCCACCUCAUCCACUCCGGUGCAGUACUGGCAGCAUCACCCCGAGAAGCUCAUCUUUCAGUCCUGCGACUACGAAGCCUAUUACUUGGGCUCAAUGUUGGUGAAGGAGCUGAGGGGGACGGAGUCCACACAAGAUGCCUGCGCCAAGAUGAGGAAGUCGACAGAACAGAUGAAGAAAGUGCCGACCAUCGUGCUGUCCGUGUCCUACAAAGGAGUGAAGUUCAUCGACGCCACAAAUAAGAACAUCAUAGCGGAGCAUGAGAUUCGUAACAUCUCGUGUGCAGCUCAGGAUCCAGAGGAUCUGUCCACAUUUGCCUACAUCACCAAAGACCUCAAGUCCAGUCACCACUACUGCCAUGUCUUCACUGCUUUUGAUGUGAACCUGGCCUACGAGAUCAUCCUGACGCUUGGACAGGCCUUCGAGGUGGCCUACCAGCUAGCCCUACAGGCUAGGAAGAGUGGCCACGGAUCAUCCACACUGCCCGAAAGCUUCGACAGCAAACCCAGCAAACCUGUCCCUAAGCCACGCAUCAACAUCCGCAAGUCUAUGGAGCAGCCAUCCAUGGAUCAGAAGGGCCAUGCCAACGUGCCGUGGAUUGUGGAGCCAGGUCAGGAGGCCAAAAGAGGAGUCAACACCAAGUACGAGACCACUAUUUUCUAACAUACACCCGCCUUGUCCAAUCCUGUGUGUGUGUGCCUUUCAGAGGUUGCCCUGUACCGGGGCCCCGCCCCGGAGUUGGGCACGAGCGACGCACGCCGCCGCGCCACCUCACCGGCUGAAAAAAUAAAAAUAAAAAAAUUAAAUAAAAAAAAAAACCAUCUCGCCCCGCCCCCGAUAGCCGAGCCUGUCCACUGCAUGAUGACGUUUGGCGCUGCGUUGUCUCUCUCUUCUUUCUCCUUGUCUCUUCUUCUCUCUUUUAUUUCUGCUCUCCCCCCCUCUCUUUGGCCUGGGCCACAUCCUCCUGCCUGCAGGGCUGGCGCAUGACCUUUGAACCCAGGGCUGUGGUGCACUUCUGUCUCCACCUGUAGGGGGAAUGGUCAGCUCUGUUUUUCCACUUCAUGUUUGUCGGUCAGUCAGCAGUCAACCACUCGGUUAUUCUGCUUCCAGUUCUUGUUUUUUUUGUUUCUUUUUCUUCCUGUUUAUGGGUGCAACCAUUUGGCUUCGUCUCUCUCCUCCUUUUCUCCUCCAACUGCCUCCAUCCCUCACUUUACUAUUCAUUUUAGCCCUUUUGUCCAACUGCCCCUGAUAACUUGAACAAGAUUUGAAACCAGAGCACUGCUAAGAGGCGAAACAGUGUUUUAGCUGUCUCUGAGCACCGUGUGGGAGCUGACAGUGAGGAGGGAUGUUGUUCUAACUUGACAACUGGAGGGAAAUUUAGACUUUUUAAACACUUUUUAAUCAAAGAGGAGAGCUGAACUUUGGGAGAGGUGAUGUAGCACAGUCUAACUUUGACUCAAACUGGUUCAUCCAGCAGGCUACUAGAAUGUAUUUCAACUUUUUGAUUCUUUAUAUCAGAUUAUUUUUUGGAGAUAAACUUGUAAAUUUCUUUGACAAACUAUAUUUUAAACUUGACCUGUGACACAGGAAGAUCUAGGUGAACUUUUGCUUUUCUAGCACCUUUUUUCAGCACAUGUUUGUGUAUCUGCUCAGAAUUACUUUAAUCACGUGGAGUUUUUUGUUUUUUUUUUACUUUGUUUUCAUUUUUUUUCCCAGCCCAUAAACCUUGUUUUAUUUGGGGGAAUAAAUCUUGUAUGUAAAAGGUUUAGCAUGUGGCUUGUGAAACGCAUGGUGGCCAUUUUGGAUUUGCUGAGCAGGGGGGCCAGUGGAGAGGCGGGGUGUGAGGGCUCUCUCGAUAAGUGAUGUCAUCUCAUUUGCAGGGCAAUGCCGGAUGCUCAUGUCUAUUACUGUGGAAUGCAAAGAAUGUAGCCAGCCCUAAACAUGGACCUUGUCACACACACAAUGCAAAAAGGACUACAAAGGACCCUCUUGUUCACUUUUCAAAAGGACUACAAACAUGGAUGCUACUCCACAGUGUUUAAAGUUGACUACAAAAUUUUAACGUCAUUCAUCCACGUGUUGCUAGACACAGUAAACAUCGGACCAACUAAUAAUUAAACACACACACACACACACUGACAGGACUGCAUCUUGACAGACGACCGUCUGCUCUGAAUGUACACUUAUUUGAAAGCAGCCUCAACUUUCUGCAACUCCAGCAGGAUCCGUUUUAUGCGCCCAACUGGGAGGCAUGACCUUCGAACUUUUUGGCAGGUCAGCAUCUCCAUGGAGACUGUGAGUAUGGUUACAGGGCAUGUUUAGGUAAUAGACGGCGGGCUGACUAAAGGGCAUCCCCGGGCAUGUGUCAGUGUUGGCAUGAGUUCCACGAUGUCUGGCUGGCUCUUUUGGUCCUCUUUAUUUUAUUUCUUUGUUGUUGUUUUUCCUUUAAUGUCAGAAAAUAAUAAAGAGAUAUAUGCACAAGUGUGUAAAUGACUAGCUGCAACACGCUCAAGAUGCAACGGGUGUCUCAUAAUGGAUGAAGAGCCUAUGUGAACAAAGCAUCUAGAGUCUAAAAAAAAAAAAGUAUUCUAUUCGUAUUGCCUGACAUUUUAAUGUUUAAUAUGAGAGUAUUAUAUUACCAUGAGGAUUAUGAUUAUACUUGUGCAAUUCUUGUCUACUGUUGUCUUAAUGUUACAUUAUUUUUCUAUGAUAUGCUGAAAUGAAAACCUUGGGCCUGAGAAUGAUGGCAAUCCUUUAACAAAAAAAUAAAAAUAAAAUAAAAUCCGAAACUAGGCGAUCACACUUGUACACAGAGAGCGAAUGUCGCAGGUGGCUAGCUAACUUUUAGGUCAGGUCAACUCUCCAUCAUUUCUCACGGGGCUCUACUCUUAUCUAGCAGAUGUACUAUUUUAAAAACGCAGUAUUACUGUAUUAUUUGGAUGAGAAAUCAUCCAGUUAUAAAGUGUACAUAGAUAUUUUGCCAACUCAUUGUUCAUACAUGUAAAAGAAAAGAAUAAAGGAUUUGCAGCAAAUGGCACUGGAAACAUGGUACCAAAAUAAAGGUUGGACAUUUAAAAAAAAAGUGGUAGAUUGUAGAGACUGUAUUUUGAGUGCAAACUAACAUGAAUUAUUUGGUGUCAUCACUGCUGACCAACUAAUGUACAUAGGCUUGGGCUUCCAGCACACUGAUUUUUGUAAUUUUGGCCAUUAUUUAUAUCCUUGUAAAUCACAUUAAAUAAAAUAUGACUUGUACAACCAUA